AUGGAAAUACCAAACUAUGAUAGUACCGAUGACAUUGAUAAAAAAUAUAAACAGCUAUUUCCUUUUAUGCCGGCGGAUACGUUUCGAAUGUUAAUCUGUGGAAACGGCGGAAGUGGUAAGACUAAUCUUUUGUAUCACAUGUUAAUCAAACCACUGUUGUAUUACGAUGAGAUUUAUCUUUACGCGCGUAAUCUAGAACAAGAUAAGUAUCAAAAACUAAUUCAAAAAAUGAGGGAGUUAAGUCAUAAACUGGGAUAUGAAAUAAUUCAUGUAAGUAAUGAUGAAAUAACUCCAGUGUCAGAAAUAGAUUACGAAGACAAUCAAAAACUUGUGAUAUUUGAUGAUUACGUAUGUGAUAAAAACCAGAGACAACUUAUUGAUUAUUUCAUCCAAGGGCGGCAUAAAAAUUGUUCUGUAAUAUAUCUCAGUCAAUCAUUUUACAAAACUCCAAAGGAUAUUCGAUUGAAUUGUUCUCACUACUGUCUUUACAAAUUUCCAUCAUCGAGAGAAUCAAACAGGAUAUCAUCCGAAUUAGGAGUUGACAAAGAGGUGUAUAAAUCAGCAACAAAAAAACCCUUUACAUUUCUAUAUAUUGAUAAACCUAAAAAACGUAUUGCAAAAAACUUUACUAAUACCCUCCCUUAA